GCCUCCCCCAACCCAAUCGAACAGUCUCAUCACAUCGUCACACACUUAUUCGACUAUGUCGAUUGAUGUGAUGAUGCACCAAUUAUAGCAAUCGAUAUCAUCGGCGCGCUUCGACGUACCGGCUAGUGAGAUCGCCUAUGAGAGAUACAAUAUGCUGGGGCUCCGUAUGGAACUACGGAGUAUCUGCAAGUAUCCCUCAUGUACUUUGCCGCACUACAUUGCACUAGGUGUACUCGACUGUACCUACGAGUACCUUGGCGCUUCCACGAGCAUACACAGUACUCCGUACUACCCAUUGACUGAUACUCGUAGUCUUGUACCAUGUCCUAACAAUAGUCUUGAAUGAUGUUGAUGUUAUCAGAUACACAGUACGGAGAAGCUGCUGUCUCACUCACAUACAAAUGACAAACAACGACGAACCUGUACGACAACAAGCAUCACAGCGGGCGCUUCUCCCGAACUGCCACCCGACACCCGCCCGUCUGCUGCUCAACCCCGUAGCCGUUUCUGUGCAGCCACACGAAUCGGUGCACUUGGUCACUCGUCGACCUCUCCCACCAUGUACCUUGCAGCCAGAAUAGCCACAAGACCCAUCUUCAAUCAAUGAAUGACCCGCGUGUCGGCCUGUUUGCUUCCAUUUCCAGCACACCACAUUCCAGAAGAAUGCCAUCAUGUAUCUCCAUAAGCUGUCACAUGCGCAUUUUCUACAUCGCUAUGGUACCGUCUGAAACGUCGAUCGCUUCUCAGACAUCGAUAUAGGAUAUGGCAGGUCAAACGUCAUGAUUCACCCCACUCGCCCGCCUUUGCUCUACUAUCCCUGACCAUUCAUCUAUCCAUCCAUCUUGCAUACCCGCC